AUGGUGUGUCGCGUUGUGCCGUGUCACGGCGUGGUGUGUCGUGGUGCGUCAUGGCACGGUGUGUCACGUCAUGGCACGGCGCGGUGUGUGACGGCGCGUGCCGGCUCCCGCAGGCGCGUGCUCCGUCCCCGCGAGGCGGCGCUGGCCCGCAGCAUGGAGCGCUACCGGCACGCGGGCCCCGGCGAGCUGGGCCUGGCGCCGCGGCUGUGNNNNCGCGGGGCUCUGCGGGAGCCGCAGGGCAGCGUGGCGCAGCAGGCUGCCCAGGCUCGCACUGCAGAAGCGCCCUGCCAGCACUGUCGUAUAACUGGUCUAUUUAUUUUCCAGAUGGCAGGAUUGGCUGUCAUUGCCUUUGGUCUAUGGCUGCGGUUUGGUGGGGUUAUGGCAGAGUUUGCUUCGGACAAAAGAUCUCCAGAGUAUUUCUUCAUGGGACUCUAUGUACUGGUGGGAGCAGGCGCUCUGAUGACUACAGUUGGAUUUUUUGGAUGCUGUGGAGCAGCGCGGGAGUCUCAAUGCUUACUUGGAGCAUUUUUUGCUUGCUUAUUGGUGAUAUUUGCUGCUGAGGUCACUGCUGGAGUAUUUACCUUUAUAGGCAAACAAGGGGUAAUACAGGAAGCCCAGAAAUUAUAUGAAGACAUUUAUGAUGACUAUAUGAAAAAUCCAGAAAAGGUGAAUGGAACUAUCUAUCGCUACCAUUCAGCUCUACAAUGUUGUGGUAAAGGUAGUAUGGAACAAGAAAAGGGAUUACCCUGUCCAGAAACCAUCCAGAUGCCAAAGAACUGCCUGGUUGAAAUCCAGAAUGUAAUUGAUGCUCAUCUGCACUUAGUUGGAAUUAUUGGAAUUGCAAUUGCUGGCAUCACAAUCUUUGGCAUGAUAUUCAGCAUGGUUCUCUGCUGUGCCAUCCGUAAUACAAGAGACAUGAUCUAAAAUUCUCGCUGCACAACUAUGUCCCAGGGAUCCCACACUAAACUUUACAAGAAGCGCUCUUCCUACCCAACUUAAUAAUUGUAAUACAUUUUAUUUAGUGUUUUAACAUACUGAAAAGAAAA